GUGUGAACCGGUUCUUUUCCAGCGCGCCGGUCGAGCCGACUCGCGGCUGAAUCGCGCUGUUUUUGUGUUGUUUACGCCACAGGUCUCCAUCCCUGCUUCUGGAGCCCUGCUGCACCUUAGUGUUUGUCUCCACCCCUGAAUCCGCGUUAACGGCUGAUUCAGUUCGUUCAGCGGGGCGCUGAAGCAGGGAAGACGGUCAAAUGUGGGAGUCCAGGUCCAGGAACCCUGGACUACGCAGUGUUUAUACCCGUGUUGUGGGUGGAGGGUCUUUUAAUAAAAUGUUUUUUUUUUCACAGCGUAAAUCUGAAGUUAUGAAUCAUACCUUGUAUAUUGGGGGGCAUCUUUGAAUUCGCGUUCACGUUCUCUCUAUAAACGGUGGUCGACUUUACUGGCAUGCUUGCAGUUUGAGCAUUCAGUCUGUCUCUAUUAGCCUAAAAAUAAUCAGCGACGUCGGACUCGCUCGCUGAGCCGACUCUCGGUUCACCUGCAGGAGGUGCGCCUUGAAUCAGUGGCUCGAUUCAUUGAAACGGACCGUUCAAAAGAGUCGACUCGCCACACGGAGUCGAACCUCCCAUCUCGUGUGAUUUGCGCUGCAAGCUGUGGGAAGAUACCGGCGCGACAAGAGGAGGGAACGUGAAAGAGGAGGGAAAUGCACAAACACGCGGGUUGUCAUGAAAUCCUCACACAGGAGUCAAAGCGGUGACUCGUUUGUUCGAUUCCGUGGGUUUGGGAAUGGUGUGAAAAUCGGGAAAACCGCUUCGUUUUUGGCGAGUAGGAGGAAUGUCCCGUGUUGACGGGAGGCGGAGACAUUACGUCAUGUUGGAAAUUCCCUCCACACUGUUUGAAACGACUCCGUGGCGAGGAGUGAACGGCUUUCACCGCCAUCCACUUUUGCCUCCCAGAUGACACCAGUACAGCGCUGCUUCGUAUUCGGCACUUUUACGAGAACUAAACAAACGGUCAUCAGAUGUGAAGCGUCGUGAAGAGUCAUAAAAAUGGAUCAGGGUGGAGGGAUCUUGGAGCUUCACUCCCAGGAUUUGAAAAUGCCCCACACGAUGAUAAUGCAGGAUUUUGUUGCAGGGAUUGGGGGCAUGGCGCACAUAGACGGCGAGCACAUUGUGGUGUCCGUGCCCGAGGCGGUGUCGGUAUCGGACGUGGUUACUGAUGAGGGCAUCCUGUUGGAGCAUGGCCUGGAGGCCGAAGUGGUCGAAGGGCCCGACAUCGGCCAUGAAGAUGUGAUCACCGCAGAGGGCGUCAUCAUGUCCGAAUCCAUUCUGGGGGCCGAGGUGGCCAUCGAGGAGGCUCUGGAUGCAGACCACCAUGUCCUGACGGCCGACUUGAUCGAGGAGACGGUGCCUGACCAGGUUUUUGUGGCCGACCUCAUGUCUGCGCAUGAGGACAGCCCUCUGGACCACGAGCUGGUAUCAGAAGAGGUGAUGGUCACCGACGCGGAGGCCGUCAUUCAGGCUCAUGAGACCAUGCCUACUGGCGUGACCCUCAAGAACGAGGAUGAUGAUGAUGAGGAUGGCAAGAGCACCUCUGAAGACUACCUUAUGAUCUCAUUGGAUGAUGUGGGAGAGAAGCUGGAUAUCGGUGACACCCCGUUAAAGAUCAGCGCGGAGGUGGGCCAAGAUGACGAUGGAUCCAAGGAGGACGAGUUCGGUUCUGAGGUCAUCAAAGUGUACAUCUUCAAGGCUGAAGGGGAUGAAGAUGUGGAAAUAGGUGGAACAGAGGUGGUCGCAGAGAGUGAUUUCCCCAAUGGGCACGCAGUGUUGGAGCCAGCAAGCACGGUCCGAAUGCCCAGGGAGAAGAUGGUAUACAUGGCAGUAAAGGACACCAGCCAAGGAGACGAGGACAUCAAUGUGUCUGAGAUGACUGACCAGGUGUACAUGGAGGUGAUUGUUGGGGAAGAUGAGGCUCCUGCCAUCCAGGAAGCACAGUUGGAGGAGUCCCCAUCUAAUAAGACCUUUGUUCCUGUGGCGUGGGCUGCUGCUUAUGGUAACAAUUUGGAGUCUCGAUUAGAGAGUAAGAACGGAGCAGCCACUCCCUACCUGCAGAUUACCGACAGCAUCAGCACAAGCCGAGCUCUCAAACAGAAGAUCAAGAAGAAGAGGAAGGGAGAGACUCGUCAGUGCCAGACUGCUGUGAUUAUCGGGCCGGACGGCCAGCCGCUGACCGUCUAUCCUUGCCACAUUUGCGGGAAGAAGUUCAAGUCACGGGGGUUUCUGAAGCGCCACAUGAAGAACCACCCGGAUCAUAUGUUCAAGAAGAAGUACCAAUGCACAGACUGUGACUUCACCACCAACAAGAAGGUCAGCUUCCACAACCACAUGGAAAGCCACAAGCUCAUCAUCAAGAACGAGAAGAUCCCCGAGUACACGGAGUACACACGGCACUACCGGGAGGCCAGCCCCCUCAGUCCCAACAAGCUCAUCUUGCGAGACAAGGACCCCAAACUCCACAAGUGCAAAUACUGCGAGUAUGAAACAGCAGAGCAGGGCCUGCUAAACCGGCACCUGCUGGCUGUGCACAGCAAAAACUUUGCCCACGUGUGCGUGGAGUGCGCCAAGGGCUUUCGCCACCCGUCCGAGCUCAAGAAACACAUGAGGACGCACACAGGCGAAAAGCCCUACCACUGCCAGCACUGCGAUUUCCGCUGUGCUGACCAGUCCAACCUAAAGACUCACAUAAAAAGCAAACACGGCACCGAUUUGCCGUUCAAGUGCGGCCACUGCCCGCAGGCUUUUGCCGACGACAAGGAUCUGCAGAGGCACAUGGAGAUCUUCCAGGGCCACAAGACUCACCAGUGUCCGCACUGCGAGCACAAGAGCACCAACUCCAGUGACUUGAAGCGCCACAUCAUCUCCGUGCACACCAAGGACUUCCCGCACAAGUGUGACGUGUGCGAGAAAGGCUUCCACAGGCCUUCGGAACUCAAGAAACACUCCGAGACGCACAAGGGAAACAAAGUGCACCAGUGCCGGCACUGUGACUUCAAAAUCUCGGACCCUUUCACUCUGAGCCGGCACAUCCUCUCCGUGCACACCAAGGACCUGCCUUUUAAGUGCAAACGCUGCAAGCGAGGCUUCAGGCAGCAGACCGAACUCAAGAAACACAUGAAAACGCACAGUGGCCGCAAAGUCUACCAGUGCCAGUACUGUGAGUACAACACGGCGGACGCUUCGGGUUUCAAACGCCACGUCAUUUCCAUCCACACUAAGGACUAUCCGCACAGGUGCGACUACUGCAAGAAGGGUUUCCGACGGCCCUCCGAAAAGAACCAGCACAUAAUGCGGCAUCACAAAGAGACGCUGAUGUAACACUUCACCCCACCUCUCCCUCUCUAGCUCCACCUCAUGGACUAGAGCCCAAAUUACACUGCAGAACACAAUGAUGGAUAGGAUGGUGUAGCCUGGUGAUUACAGCAACGUUCUAGUCGUUAUUUACUCUUCAACCUGCGGGUCUGUGUAAAGGGUUGGGGUUUUCAACGACCCCCUCAAACGUACAGCAGGCAGAGCUCGGUGUGUGUGUGUGUGUGUGUGCGCGUGUGUGUGUGUGUGUGUGUGUGCGCGUGUGAGAAAUUAGAUGAACAGUCACCGUUGUCAUUUUAUCAUUGUCCAUGACAUUAUGGCAAGAAAACCGCUGAUCAGCCAGGGUCUCAAAUGUUUAUAUUUUUGUAUCUAAUAUGCUCACAUGCUGCAAGUAAAUAAUGUCCUCCAUGUUAA